AUGUACUCCCAAUUCUUCUCUCGGUCCCUUGCCGCGAUUGUGCUCAGUCUUGGCCUCUUGGUACAAGGCAUUCAUGCCGACUCGCUCGAGUUUGCGUCCCCGAGUCCUAACACCAAAAUAGCCGCGGGCGAUACCGUUCCCGUCACCUACAAGGUUCACCACAACGGCAUGGCCAAGCUCCUGUGGGCCAAGGUGCAUUUCAUGACUGAGGAUGGAUAUGAUGCAGGAAUGGGAACAAUUGAUACCGCUUCCCGUAUCGAAUGGCAAGCCGACUUGAAGGCAGGCAACUCGAGCAAGUGUGAAGGGAUCUUGUCGGAGAUGGUGCCAGUCGAAAUUGUCAAGGCUGCCGCAGUUGAAGAACUGGAAGAAGAAGACACAGGCAAGGGGAAGAAGGGAUCACUCCUUGGACUCCAGCUCCGCAAGCGCAGUUUGUAUGCCGGACGUGAUCUCGGUGUGCGCAUUGGUGGCUCUGACUACCUGCUCGAGGAUGGCACCGCCGAUACAAAAAAGAUGCUCUACUUUUUCUCCCUCAUCUAA